AUGACUAUUACUGAAGUUAGGGAAGAAGUCGACUCGGAGAUUGAAGCUCCACUUCUCGAUCCUGAGUCUUUAUCCAAACCCAGGAGAAUUGCUCUCUUCGUCGAGCCUUCGCCGUUUGCUUAUGUCUCAGGAUACAAAAACAGAUUCCAGAAUUUCAUUAGGUAUCUACGUGAAAUGGGAGACGAGGUUAUAGUCGUUACAACACAUGAAGGUGUUCCCGAAGAGUUUUAUGGAGCUAAAGUCAUUGGAUCAAGAAGCUUCCCUUGCCCUUGGUACCAAAAGGUUCCCCUCUCGCUUGCGCUUAGUCCAAGAAUAAUCUCGGAAAUCGCAAGGUUUAAGCCUGACAUAAUUCACGCUUCAUCUCCCGGGAUAAUGGUUUUUGGUGCUCUGGCAAUAGCAAAAAUGCUAUCUGUGCCAAUAGUUAUGUCUUAUCACACACACGUCCCUGUAUACAUCCCGAGAUACACUUUUAGUUGGUUGGUCAAACCAAUGUGGUCAGUAAUAAGAUUUCUUCACAGAGCGGCUGAUCUUACAUUAGUUCCUUCCGCUGCCAUUGGAAAAGAUCUUAUAGCAGCUGGUGCAACUGCAGCUAAUCAACUUCGACUUUGGAAUAAGGGUGUUGAUUCCGAAAGCUUCAAUCCCCGUUUCCGUUCUCAAGAAAUGCGUAUAAGACUGAGUAAUGGCGAACCAGAAAAGCCACUAGUGAUCCAUAUAGGCCGUAUCGGUGUAGAAAAGAGCUUGGAGCUUCUAAAAAGUGUAAUGGAUAAAUUACCUGAAGCUCGGAUUGCUUUCAUCGGAGAUGGACCAUACAGAGAGGAUCUUGAGAAGCUGUUUACCGGAAUGCCAGCGGUUUUCACUGGAACGUUACUAGGCGAUGAACUCUCACAAGCUUAUGCAAGCGGAGAUGUGUUUGUGAUGCCAUCAGAGUCAGAGACACUCGGCCUAGUAGUUCUUGAAGCAAUGGCUUCUGGACUUCCUGUUGUUGCGGCUCGAGCUGGUGGAAUCCCUGAUAUAAUCCCUGAAGACCAGGAGGGCAAAACCGGGUUUCUGUUCAACCCUGGAGAUGUCGAAGACUGCGUGACAAAGCUCAGAGUUUUAUUGCACGACAACGAAACAAGAGAGAUCAUUGGAAAAGCGGCAAGAGAAGAAACCGAGAAGUAUGAUUGGAAAGCAGCAACAACAAAGAUACGCAAUGAACAAUACAGUGCAGCGAUUUGGUUCUGGAGGAAGAAGAAAGUUCAGGUAUUGGGACCAGUCAAUUGGUUAGUUAAACGACUCUUCCCUGUGCCGGAAGCUAACGUGUAG